AUGGGCAUUCCAGAUGAACAGAUCUUCCCUCAUGCUACUGCUGCUGCUGCAGAAACUGUGGCGAAACACCAAGAACCCCAGGAUUUGAUUUUUUACAGUGGAUGGUUUUGCCCGUAUGUACAGCGCGCCUGGAUUACGUUGGAGGAGAAGGACAUCCCAUACCAGUACAAGGAGGUUAAUCCGUACAAAAAAGAGGCACACUUUCUAGCAUUAAAUCCCAAAGGUCUCGUUCCUGCUGCCGAAUACAAAGGACGAGCACUGUACGAGUCUCUAGUCUUGUGUGAAUUUUUUGAGGAUGCAUAUCCUUCUCACAAACCAAAUCUGCUCCCGAAUGACCCUGUCGAUCGAGCGGUUGCGCGAAUAUGGCUGGACCAUAUCAGCAAAACGUUCAUCCCAGCUCAUCACCGGCUUCUUCAACUUCAAGACCCGGAGAAACAGCAUCAAGCUCUGCAGGACACUUAUGCGUCGCUCAAGAAGUUGGCGGACAACAUAAAGGGGCCGUACUUCUUCGGCGAGGAGUUUAGCAUUGUGGAUGUAGCCAUUGCACCCUGGAUUGUGCGAGACUGGGUAGUCCAAGAGCAUCGAGGAUUUAAGAGAGAGGAUGUCAGUCCAGGCUGGAAAGCAUACUCUGAAUUGGUGGAGAAAAGGGACAGUGUAGUGAAAACAACAAGUCUCCGAGAACAUACAGUUGAAAUUUACGGGCGCUACCUCCGCGAUGAGGCACAAAGUGUCGCUGCGAAGGCCAUCCGGGCAGGGGGAGUAAUUCCAUGA